UCCCAACUCAAUAAUAAAACCCAAAAAUAAAAUAAAAUAAAAUAAAAAAACGCCGGUACGGAAGCGUUUCCGUUUCGGUUGACGACUAACGAACAAAAACCAUGAGCGCCCAAUUGCGCGAACACGACGACGAGUCGUUGAAGCUGCGAGACGACGUCGACGACGACGAAGCUAACCGCCUGCUGCAGCCGCAGUCGCUCUCGCUGUCAUCGUCGUCGACAUGGGACGACGGCGAGGAGGAGGUGGCCUUCGAGGCGCGGGAGAAGAUCCUGAUCGUCGACGACGCCGUUGACGACGAUUCCACGGCGGUCCCGCCUUUUUCGUGGAAGAAGCUGUGGCUGUUCACCGGUCCGGGUUUUCUGAUGAGCAUAGCAUUUCUAGAUCCGGGCAAUUUAGAAGGGGAUCUCCAGUCGGGCGCAAUUGCCGGGUACUCGCUGCUCUGGCUUUUAAUGUGGGCCACCGCCAUGGGGCUCCUGGUCCAGCUGCUCUCCGCCCGGGUCGGGGUCGCGACGGGUCGGCACUUGGCGGAGCUUUGCAGGGAGGAGUAUCCGAAAUGGGCUGGGUUGGUGCUCUGGUUCAUGGCGGAGCUGGCGUUGAUUGGGGCGGAUAUUCAGGAGGUCAUUGGGAGCGCCAUUGCGAUUCAGAUUCUGAGCCAUGGGUUCUUGCCACUAUGGGCUGGAGUUCUGAUUACGGCGUUGGAUUGUUUCAUCUUUUUAUUUCUUGAGAACUAUGGGGUGAGGAAGUUGGAAGCUGUGUUUGCAGUUCUCAUAGCAACUAUGGGUUUAUCGUUUGCCUGGAUGUUUGUUGACACAAAACCGAGUGGGAAAGAACUUUUAAUGGGUAUUGUGGUUCCAAGACUUAGCUCGAAAACAAUUCGGCAGGCUGUGGGAGUUGUGGGUUGUGUCAUUAUGCCACACAAUGUAUUUUUGCAUUCUGCUCUGGUGCAGUCAAGAAAUAUUGAUCCGAACAAGAAAGGACGGGUUCAAGAGGCACUAAACUACUACUCAAUUGAGUCAUCAAUUGCACUUUUGAUCUCCUUCAUGAUCAAUUUGUUUGUCACCACUGUUUUUGCGAAGGGAUUCUAUGGUACGAAACAAGCGGACAGUAUAGGACUAGUAAAUGCAGGUCAAUUUCUUCAGGAGAAGUAUGGAGGAGGGCUUUAUCCGAUUCUUUAUAUCUGGGGUAUUGGGUUAUUGGCGGCUGGACAAAGUAGCACAAUUACGGGGACGUAUGCUGGGCAGUUUAUAAUGGGAGGAUUCCUUAAUCUCCGUUUGAAGAAGUGGCUGAGGGCAUUGAUCACACGGAGUUUUGCAAUUGUGCCUACUAUAAUUGUAGCAAUUAUUUUUAACAGAUCUGAGGCUUCGUUGGAUGUUUUGAAUGAAUGGCUCAAUGUCCUUCAGUCGAUUCAGAUUCCUUUUGCUCUUAUUCCACUUCUUACCUUGGUGUCCAAGGAGCAGGUCAUGGGGGUCUUUAAGAUUGGACCUGUUCUCGAGAAAGUGGCAUGGACUGUGGCUGUUUUGGUGAUGGUGAUCAAUGGCUAUCUGUUGUUGGAUUUCAUCAUUUCUGAAGUCAGAGGAGUGCUGUUUGCUCUUGUGGUCUGCAGUGGCACGGCUGCGUAUCUAACAUUUAUCAUAUAUCUUGUUUCACGGAGUGGUGUUCUUCCUUACACUUUUUUCAGUUCACUGUCCAAGAGGCUGGCAGAUUCAGGUAGCUGA